AUGAUCCGAGGGUCCGGUCUGAAAGGAAUGCUAAUACCCGGAAUGGCAGAACGAACAAUCGUGUCCCUAUUCGCGGACGACACCUCAGUAGUUCUCAGCCACGAAGACAAAUUCGAAGACCUGACCCAGAUACUGGAUACGUGGUGCGUGGCCUCCGGCGCAAAGUUCAAUGUUGCCAAGACGGCAAUCAUCCCCCUCGGCCCGAAGGAAUACCGAGACCAACUUAUCGAGACGCGAAAACUUGAUGACUCGCACGAGAGUAUUCCCGCCGGGAUCAGCAUAUCCAAAGAUGGAACGGCGAUACGUUUCCUAGGCGCAUGGAUAGGUAAUGAGAUUGACGACGCGACCCCCUGGGGGCCGGUGAUUGAGAAAAUAGACGCAGCCCUAACGCGCUGGGAACGGGGCCACCCAACGCUAGAAGGCAGACGUCUGAUAACCCAAAUGGUUGUAGGCGGCAUGACACAGUACCUUACGAAGGUCCAAGGCAUGCCCAAGGACGUCGAAACACACCUGUCCAAGAAAAUACAGAGCUUCGUAUGGAACGGGCAGAGGACGCCCCCCAGCGUAUCUAGACCUAAGCCCCCGGCGCCCGAAGUGGACGUUUAUGGCUGA